UUCUACUGCCCCUAAUCGUAUCUCUCUUCCCUUCUUCAAGAAAGAAAAAAAUAUAUAUUAAUCAUUUCCAGCGACCUUAUCUGCAUCUCUCUUCAUGUUCUCCUCUUGAAGGGACUUUUUGAGAGAUUUUCUUGAAGAGUUUUAGAGAGAGAGAGAGAGAGACAUGGAGGCUGUUCUUCAAACCAAAGGGCUUCUCUCCUUUCCCCACAACCCAAAACCCAGGGUUUUGGCCCCAUCACAGGGCCUGAAACAGAGGAUUCUCUCUCCAAAGCUCAAACCCCUCCCCGGACUUUCUCUCUCCUCAAAUGGGUUCCGGAAAUUCCAAACCUUCGCGCCGAAACCGAAAGCCCACGGCUUUGGCUCCACAGACCGGAACUUGUUCGUCUGCAAGGCCGAAGCCGCCGCCGCCGCCGAUGGGCAGCCGGUUUUCUCGGAAGCCGAGCCGCCGAAGAUUCUGGGUAUCGAAGUCACGACUUUUAAGAAGAUUCUCCCACUUGGGUUGAUGUUCUUUUGUAUUCUCUUCAACUACACAAUCCUACGAGACACGAAGGACGUCCUUGUCGUGACGGCCAAAGGGAGCAGUGCGGAGAUUAUUCCGUUUCUCAAAACUUGGGUGAACUUGCCGAUGGCUAUUGGGUUCAUGUUGUUGUACACCAAGUUGGCGAAUGUUUUGUCCAAGAAGGCGCUUUUCUAUUCCGUGAUUGUGCCAUUUAUAGCCUUCUUUGGGGCUUUUGGGUUUGUUUUGUACCCUCUCAGCAAUUAUAUUCACCCCGAGGCCUUUGCUGAUAAGCUGCUCAACAUCCUCGGACCCAGGUUUCUUGGGCCUCUUGCGAUUAUGAGAAUUUGGAGUUUCUGUUUGUUCUAUGUCAUGGCUGAGCUCUGGGGAAGCGUUGUCAUUUCGGUGCUCUUCUGGGGUUUUGCCAAUCAGAUAACAACUGUUGAGGAAGCAAAAAGAUUCUAUCCACUCUUUGGACUUGGGGCAAACGUUGCUCUUAUCUUCUCCGGUCGGACGGUGAAGUAUUUCUCUAACAUGCGGAAAGCAUUGGGUCCUGGAGUUGAUGGUUGGGCCAUUUCUCUUAAGGCAAUGAUGGGCAUUGUGGUGUUGAUGGGGCUCGCAAUCUGUCUUUGUUAUUGGUGGGUCAACUUGUAUGUUCCUCUCCCAACCCGCAGUAAGAAGAAGAAGGAGAAGCCAAAGAUGGGGACAAUGGAGAGCUUGAAAUUUUUGGUGUCUUCAAGAUACAUUAGAGAUCUUGCCACUUUGGUUGUUGCAUAUGGUAUUAGUAUUAACCUUGUUGAAGUUACAUGGAAAUCAAAGCUCAAAGCUCAGUUUCCAAGCCCGAACGAGUACUCCUCCUUCAUGGGUGACUUCUCAACUGCGACUGGAAUAGCAACUUUCACGAUGAUGUUGCUAAGUCAGUUUAUCUUUGAUAAAUAUGGAUGGGGAGUUGCCGCAAAGAUCACACCUACAGUCUUGCUCUUGACGGGAGUUGGUUUCUUUUCUCUGAUAUUAUUUGGGGGUCCCUUCGCACCUACUCUUGCCAAGUUUGGGAUGACUCCUCUUCUUGCAGCCGUAUACGUGGGUGCAAUGCAGAACAUCUUUAGCAAGAGUGCCAAGUACAGUUUAUUUGACCCCUGCAAAGAAAUGGCAUACAUUCCCCUAGACGAGGACACCAAGGUUAAAGGGAAGGCAGCCAUUGAUGUCGUGUGCAACCCAUUGGGGAAGUCCGGUGGUGCUUUGAUUCAACAGUUUAUGAUCUUAACCUUCGGGUCACUCGCAAAUUCGACUCCUUAUCUUGGAGGAAUACUCUUGGUCAUCGUUCUUGCUUGGUUAGCGGCAGCGAGGUCUUUAGACACCCAGUUUACCGCUUUGCGCCAGGAGGAAGAGCUUGAAAAGGAGAUGGAAAGAGCAGCCGUUAAGAUCCCGGUUGUCUCUCAGGAAAGCGGUGGGAAUGGUUCUCUUUCCAGCGGUCCAGCACUGAACCCCACAGCCGGUGACUCCGAGGCUUCAACUCCUCGCAACAUUUAAUAACGUUGAGUCUUCUGUUGAGUCACCAUACAGGAUCAAUAAAUGAGAGAUGAUAAGAAAACCAAAUGUUAGGUGAAUUACUGGUGGUAGGGUUUUGCUUUCUCUUUUUCUGUUUUACAAGUAUGGUAGUGACUCGCCUUUGCGAGGCCAGUUCUUUUUCCAUAGAUAAGAUGGCCACUGUUAGUUCUUUUCAGAAUCAGAAAAAAAAAGAAAAAAAACAGAGAAAAAGUAUUGUUCGCUUAGUUUAAGGUCACAAAAGUUUGUAGUAUCGCAUUUCAUUUAUAUUGACUUUAAUUAAUUUUUUUAUAUGAUAAUUAUUAUGGCAAAAGAGGAAAGUAAACAACAGAAAUACUACAGAUUGCGUGAAUUCCCACUUA